GAUGCCGAAGCCGCCGCUUUCGCCGGUGCCCGAGCAGGAGACUGAUGUCGGGGACCGGCUUCCUGGUAGCGGAUCCGCCAACGACGUCCGCCUGGCCGGCGCCUCCGAAGGCUCAGCGACUUUUGCAAUGCCCGCUGGGGAACCCCAGAACGUAUUUGAAGAACACGAUGCCUGUCACACAGAGAACGCUGGGAAUGAUUCUGGAGAGGAGGCCGAGGAUGAUGAUGAUGAUGAUGAUGCAAAGGAUGAAGGCUGGGACACAGACCUUGAAACAGAAGCUUCUAAGACACCAUACGAUCCAACAGGAAAAGCAAAAUACCUUAAUGCCUGCCAAAUGUACGGCGUCGUUCCCACCUCUUAUUUUUUACGUCACAUGAAGAAUUCUGAGCUGACCCUGAAGCACCACGGCCUCGGACCCAAGGGGACCAAAGCUCUGGCUCUUUCUUUGGCAAACAACACGUCCAUUGUGAAGUUAAACCUGUGUGACAACUGGCUGAACGGCGAUGGAGCAACUGCGGUGGCAGAUAUGUUGAAAGAAAAUUGUUAUAUUUCAGAUGUUGAUUUAUCAGAGAACAGACUCAGAGUGAGAGGGGCCAAGGCCCUGUCUGCUAUGCUUCGGGAAAAUGCCACACUUGUGACCUUGAAGCUCUCUGGAAAUGAACUCGACGACGCCGCGGCCAAGCACCUGGCAGAUGCCUUCCUGAUCAACAACAAAGUGGAGUCCCUCGAUCUGAGUCACAACAUGCUUGGCGAGCCGGCAGGUGAGGUUCUUGGAGCAGCAAUUGCAGAGAACGUGGGCCUGAAGGAGCUCAAUCUCAGCUGGAACUACCUCCGGGGCCACGGAGCAGUUGCUGUCGCCAAAGGCUUGGGGGCAAACAUAUUCCUUCGCAUGCUGGACCUUUCCUACAACGGCUUUGGCAAUGGUGGGGCUGCUGCCCUGGGCGAGGCCCUAAAAGCCAACAACGUGUUGGAAGUGCUCAGCGUGAGGAAUAACCGCGUUUCCCUGGAAGGAGCCCUCUGCCUGGCUGUGGGCCUGAAAGAAAACAAGACCCUGAAGAGUCUCAAUAUGUCCAGGAACCCCAUCCAGAGCGAAGGCUGCAUCGGGAUUCUCAAAGCCAUCCGAGCAAAUCCUGGUGCUGCCUUAGAGGUCCUGGAUUUUUCCGAGAUCAUUGUGAAGCAGGACUUUGCAGGAGUUUGCGAUGCGGUCCAGGACACUUUCCCGAGCCUUCAGAUCAAACACGACGGAACCAACCGCUUGUUCAGGACAGACCUGUCAAAGGUUUCCUAAGAAGAUGCCCCAACCCUGGAUGGCCCUGGGGAACCGCUCGUAUUCCCUUUUUGGCUACCUGUACGAUGAGAGAGGAGCCUCUGCUGUCCCUUCUACAGACAUUCAACCGGCGGGGAGGCCUUGUCGUCCCUCCCCAUCCAUACUCUGUCUUGCUUCGUCCUCGCAUUUAACCCAGCAUUUUCCAAACGUAGUGCCUGUUCACACCGACCUUUAUAUUCCAGAUUAAAACUGGAGGUGCUUCACUCUAACUCCCCCACCCCCAGCAAGGGCUAAUGUGUAAGAAUUGAAAAUAGAAAUGGACUGCCUUCAAGUCGCUCCCGACUUAUGGCGACUGGCACAUAAUUAAAUGAUAGAACUCAUUGCCACUGGUUGUGGUGAUGGCCAUUACCUUCAAUGGCCAUCUGAAGGGGAUUAGAUUAAUUCAUGGAGAAGGAGGGUCUGUUGGCUGGGAUACAUAAGAUGAGCCUCCAUGGUAAGGAGCAGUAUGCCACUGAAUCCCAGCUGAGGCUGAUUGGAAGGAGGUAAGGACCGAGCACAGCAGAUAGCCUCUUCUGUGUGAAGGUUGGUAGUGGUUGAGCCACCUGCUUUGCAUGCAGAAGAGGGCCGGGAGAGACUUCUGCCUGAAACCCUGCAGAGCUGCUGCCAGUCAGUGUAGACAGUACUGAGCUAGAUGGACCAAGGGUCUAACUUAGUUCCCCCAUGUUCCUAUGAGAAGACAAUUUGCAGCUCAUGGGACUGUUUUCAUGAUUUUAUUUUCUCUCUCCAUAUUCAUGCCUUCAGGCACAAAGUUUGGAAAUUACUGGUUUAAAAACCUGCCUUCCUCAAAUUUUAAGCCUGUUACUACUUGAACCACACUCUUUGCACGUUUCCUCUUGCAUAGUCUGCACAACCCUCCUCUGAACCCCGUCCAGUUUGUCAAUAUUCGACAUCUGUCAUGUGCUGUGGGGUUUUGAGGUUGAGCUGCUGGCUCUGAGAAAGGGGAGCCCAGCCUGGAGUUUUGCAGAGGUGAAAUUCACAUCCUGUUUUGAAACAACUAGCUAAAUCUUUGGGCCUCUUGUCCUCCUUGGAACGGAGCACCCAGAAGUGCAUCCCUAGUGAAGCUUUGGCAGAGGGAUUUGCUGCGCAGCACAAGAGUGGGGAUCCUGUGGCUUUCUAGAUGCUUUUGGACUGCAUCUCCCAUCGUUCCUGGCCAUUGGCAUUAUUGGGCUGGGGCUUCUGGGAGUUGUAGUCCAAGAGCAUCUGAAGGACACCAGGUUGGCCAUCCCUGUUGUAGCCAGUCAGACCAGGAAACCAUCCAGUUCACUGCUGUCUUCCUUGACUUCUUUUGAGCGCCAUCUCUUGAAAUCCUUUUUUGUAGUCGCUCCCUUCCUACAGAACGCUCUCCCCAGAGAGGCCCAUCUGGCACCAUCUAUGUCAUCAUUUUGGUGCCAGGCGAAGACUCCACUCCCCCUAUCCCCAGACAUUUGGGCAUCACCGAUGAUUGGACCUUUUUCUUUUCUUAACUCUGAUGAUGUAUUUUUACCAUUGUCUUUUAGUUUUGUUGUAAAUCACUCUGGGACUUUUUGCUGUGAGAAACAAUUCGUAAAUGCAAUAAACGUGGCCUAACCUAAUUGUAGACGAUGGAGAUUGCACCCUGAAUACUUACAAGUGCAAAUAAA